CAAUGACAAUCAUUAAUUCAUAACGAUAAACAAUUUCAAUUUUUGGGCUCUGAAUGUUCCAGCUGGAACAAAUAUUUUAGUACACCUAUAUUCUCUCGCAUCGCACUCUGUUCUUUCAUUCUUCCUUCUCUUUUUAAGAUUUUCGGACUCUGCAUCUAUCCGCUUUCUUUCGAUCAGGGUUUCCUCUCGUCUCCGAGCUCGUUUCGUUCUCGAAGAAUUGAUCUGCGAUAAUGACUCGCGGUAACCAGAGGGACCGUGAUCGUGAAAGGGCUCAGUCAAGAACCGGUGCUAAAGGCAAGCAGACGAAAGCUGAUGGGUUGACCCCUGAACAGCGCAGGGAAAGAGAUGCGAAGGCGCUGCAGGAGAAGGCGGCAAAGAAAGCAGCACAGGAAGCAGGAGGCAAUAAUGCAGGUGGAAGCAAAAAAUAGGCAAUAAUUUAAUGACUGGUUUGAGGUUUGAUGUGUUGGUUGUAGACAUGGAAUGUAUUGAAAUUUUAUGUCGAAUUAUUUGUUGUGGAGUAUGAUGUGUUUAGUAAUGUAAUUUGAGAUGAUGAACAAAUAAUUAUUGCUUCUUUCAAAAGGUGUUUAACGCUGGGGGCUGAAUCACAAUACCUGGUGUCUUUGUUUGGAAUAAUAGUAUUUUGGUAAUAACAUUGUAUUCGCUCCUGAGUCUUCUUGCAUGAGUCGCUAUUGCUCCUUUUGUGAUGACUCGUUGUAUGCCAAACGCAGUUCUUUGAAUCAGCAAUAUUUAAUUUGUAAA